AGAGGGGUACAGGGAGCCUCGAACCUGCGUCCAAGGGGUGCAGGGCGGCAGACCUGGGGCCCCGAGGGUUGGAGAACCUCACACUAGGGAAGCUCAUCACCCCAGGACCUGGGACUUACAUCCAGGACCACGACCCGGUGGACCCAGCCAGCAAACCCCAACUCAAGGAGCUGAGGCUCCUCUUCCCAUUUUCCUCAAGAGGGACCCCUGGAGGAAAUCAUCUCCACAGCUCAUCAGGACCCAGAGAAGAAGGGACCUAAGCCACUGGCUUACUGCCCAGCCCCCUUGUUUGGGGAGAAGGAAGGAGUUAGCAAACAGCUAGCAAGCCUGUAAGAAGACAGACCUCCCCACCGAGAAUGACACUAAACACUCAGCAGGAAGCAAAGACCCCUCUUCGCAGGAGAGCCAGCACUCCACUACCCUUGUCAUCCCGGGGCCAGCAGCCUGGCCGCCUGUGUACUGCACCCACCUCUCAAUCCCAGCAUCCCCCACUAGGUCAGUCAGCAUCCCUCAACCCUCCCAUUCGGAAACCUUCCCCUGCCCAAGAUGGUUGGUCCUCUGAAUCCAGCGACUCUGAAGGCUCUUGGGAGGCCCUUUACCGUGUGGUGCUGCUCGGAGACCCGGGUGUAGGGAAGACCAGCCUGGCCAGCCUCUUUGCAGGAAGGCAAGAGCGGGACCUUCAAGAACAGCUGGGAGAUGUGUAUGAAAGAACACUCACGGUGGAUGGAGAGGAUGCCACGCUAGUAGUCAUGGACAUCUGGGAGGCAGAGAACCUGGAUGAAAGCUGGAGCCAGCAGCCGUGCCUGCAGGCGGGCAGUGCCUACGUCAUCGUAUACUCCAUAGCAGAUCGCCGCAGCUUCGAGAGCGCCUCCGAGCUCCGCAUCCAACUGAGGCGUGCGCAUCAGGCCGACCACGUGCCCAUCAUCCUUGUAGGCAACAAAGCUGACCUGGCCCGAUGCCGCGAAGUCUCGGUGGAAGAGGGCCGCGCCUGCGCAGUGGUGUUCGACUGCAAGUUCAUCGAGACUUCGGCAACCCUGCAGCACAAUGUGACCGAGCUCUUCGAAGGCGUGGUUCGCCAACUGCGCCUGCGCCGCCGAGACAGCUCGACCCCCGAGCCACCUGCACCGCGACAUCGGGCCAGCCUGGGCCAGCGCGCCCGUCGCUUCCUGGCACGCCUGACGGCCCGCAGCGCCCGUCGCCGGGCAUUGAAGGCCCGCUCCAAGUCCUGCCACAACCUGGCUGUACUCUGAGACCAGCACCUCCUGGGGAUGAUGGGACGCUGGGGUGCCACGAGGGUUAGCAGCGGGGGGUCACCUCAGGUCCACGGGAUGGACCUUGCUGCCUGUUACCCUGAUGGCCAGAGCAUCGCCCACAGCCAGAGCUUCCAAAACCCCUAAUCUCUGGAGAAGUGAUGGACAGACUAUGGGGCUAUAGGCCCAAUAUGGGAACAAGUAGGUGUUUUUUGUUUUUGUUUUUGUUUUUUACAGGGUGGGUGUCUUUUUGUAAAAAUCCUCCUUGUCCCUGGACUGUGGCCAACCCUCAGAAUGUCCCAGAGUAAACCAGUCCAGGGUAUCUUGUCUGAAGCCUAGACCUCUCUCUAAGCUUCUCCUCCCCCAACUACCCUGACUGUAGACUGAUUUGGCCUACUGGCCUAGAUGUCUUGACCUAUCAAUAAAGUCAGUGGACUCAA